GAAAUUGGUUUGCUAACCUUUCUCACACAAUUGGAGCUGGACACCAAUUUCCUCACUGGAACGAUUCCGGCGGAGAUUGCAAAUCUUACAUCGCUUGAGGUCUUGCAUCUCUUUAACAAUAGUCUAGUUGGCGACGUCCCACCGCUCCCACGGCUUUCUCGAGAAUGUGAUUUGAGUGACAACUGCUUCUCUGAUAUCACUAACGCCGUUGCCCGGAACUGCGUCGUCGAUAAUGGCAACUGCUAG